UGCACCUCAUGGCUGACACUAAGGCCAAAAACGGCGACAUGGACGCCAUCGACCGUUUCCUCGCCGAGGCGAAGAAAGAUUUACCGGACGAGGAACACCGCGACUGCGCUGACAAGGCCGCCGCUCUGCGCCACCACUCCGCAUCCAUCAUCAAAUCUCUUGAGACGCGAGUGAGCCUCAUAGAGAAGUAUGUACAUUUCCUGGAGUCUGCCGAGAAGAUCCAGAGUGACCUGGAGCAGCUGGAGAAGUUGCUCCGUGCUCCAGCGGCUGAAGACGCUGGUCCUGUGAUCGAGGAGACCUGGCAGACCAUCCGGGGCAUGAUUACAGACCUCGGUGACAUGGGGUCUGCCUUCAUCAACUCGGCACAAAAGGUUGACGACCCUUACCUGGACAGCAAGCGCGCGGUGCUGUGCGUCCAGACCAUCCUGGAGUCGCUGAACAAGAAGCAGUUGUUAGUGACGGACCUUCACUCGCAGUACAAACUCACCAUCACCAACACUAAGGAGAUGAUCACUAUCUGGAACACUUACAAACGCAACAUUGACGCUCUACGUGACGAUCUGGACGUCAUGGAACGUCAGUUCUGCCCGUUGCUGCGUGGCGACGUUGAUGAUCCAGACGAGCUGGCCGCUGGGCUGGACCGGCGGCUGCUGGACUACGUCGCUGAAGUGAAGGAAGCCCAGCAGAAAAUCCAGGAAAUGAUCACCAAGGCCGAGGUCGCCGGAGUGCCCAACGUGCCGUCGAGCGGCGCCAGGGAUGAGGUGGUGCGAGGGCUGCUCCAGUUUUUCCAGCGACUCCAGGCCUCCUCCACCAACUUCCAGAUCCUGGCCUCCAUGUUGAGCCAGUGGUGUCGCAACAUCGCCGAGAUUCACAGGUCGUGUUCCACCUUCGAGUCGGAGUUCACGACGGCGCCCGUGGCGGGGGCGGGGGCCGCUGAGCUGAAGCAGCACCACGCAGCGCGCCAGGCCGUCCACGAGCUCAACAAGUUCGCGCGCUCCGAGGCCGAUGCAAUCAUGGCGAAGAUAACCAAUCAGUGCCCCGCGGAGGCCGGCGCACAGGACCUCGCGAUGAUGGAGGAACUGCUGCGUCGCCGCCAGCAGCGCUUCGAGGAGGCCUGGACCACUCGCCUGCAGGAGCUCGAGGCUGCCAGCACCCGCUGCCAGCACCACCGUGACCUCCAGGUCAUCAUUCGUCAGCUGGAGGAACUGAGCGGUCAGCUCGAGCGCAUGCAGUGCCGCUACGGUGAAUCCCUGUCAGCUGCUAUCAGCACCCGUGACGUCUUCCAGCAAUUCCGGCACACUGUCACGCUGCUGCAGGAGAGGAUCGAGGCGUUCCUGAGGACGGGAGAACGCGCUGCUGACGGCGACGGUGAUGACCUGCGCCACAGCCUGGGUGACCUGCAGAAGCAGUGGUCGGCCUUCCACAAGCAGGUCGACAACACAGAGAAGAAUAUCGAACUUUCCAUCGAGUUCUUCAGACAUGUUAAGGAGACGGAGGAGUGGUUUAAGAAGGGCAGUCGGCUGCUGGUGGAGGUCGCAGGCGAGUCUUCGUCGGUGCGCACACCAGACGAGGCGCAUAAACUGUGCACGCGCAUCGAAAGUUUCCUGAAGGAGGGCGAGCCUGAACAGCAACGACGUAUCACCACCAUCUCUGCCCUCGUCAAGGACCUCUACGGCCGGGAUGAACCUCCCCAGGUCGAGGCGCUGUGCCAGCAGAACGCCUACAUUCUGGACAGCCUGCGCGUCAUCACCAAGAACCUGCGCUCCAUCGAGACCAACCUGCGACUUGCUGAUGACCACCGCCGCCAGCAGGAGCAGGUGCGUGAGGGGAGCAGGAGAAGCCCGUGCAGGUACGUCCAGCUGCCCGUCCAGGAGAAGCCCGUGCAGGUGGAAAUUGACAUCCAGACGGAAGCAAUCCCACUGUCUUCGGAUGAGGAACUUCCACCACCACCGCCACCUCCUCCUGAGGAAGAUGACGCCGCAAGCAAGAGUAAACUCAAGGACGACCAACCCGACCACGUGCCCCCGGUGUUCCUCACUCCCCUGGUGGGGGCCACCGUGCAGGAGGGAGUCAAGUUCACUUUUGAGUGCAGAGUGAUGGGAUACCCCAUGCCCGACGUUGAGUGGUUCAAGGACAACCUGAGCAUCUCCAAGAACCCCGUCCAAAAAUUAUAUUAUUGA